AUGCUGGCAGCAUCAGUAGAUGAUGAGCAGUCCGAGACACAACUAUCUGAGAUCAAAGGUCAAGCUAAGAUGAUCUUCCGCCGACUGAGUCGAAAUUCCGCGCCUCAAGCGAGCAUUGAGUCUGGCCAAUACAACCUUCACUAUUUGAUCAAGGAUGACGUUUGUUUCCUCUGCAUAUGCGAUAGCUCAUACCCUCGCAAACUCGCUUUCACCUAUCUGUCUGAUAUCGCAACCGAAUUCACCAACACCUAUCCUGCUUCACAAUACCAGUCCCCAACCCUACGUCCGUACGCAUUUGUGGAGUUCGACACAUUCAUCCAGCGCAGUAAGAAGGUGUACCAGGAUAGCCGAGCUUCGGCCAACCUUGACCGGCUGAACGACGAACUUCGGGACGUAACGAAAGUGAUGACGAAGAAUAUUGAGGAUUUGCUAUAUCGAGGAGAUAGCUUAGAGCGCAUGGGUGAGUUGUCAGGCCGCCUGCGGGAAGAUAGCAAGAAGUACAGGAAAGCGGCAGUACGCAUCAACUGGGAGUUGCUGAUAAAACAGUAUGGGCCGUUCGCAGGUGUCGCAUUCAUCUUCCUCUUUCUUAUAUGGUGGCGCUUCUUCUAG